AUGAACGAAACCAACGGCUCCUUGGAGCCUAAAGACGAAAUGUCGCGAUCGCACUCGUCAUUCAGUUCGUCAACUUCAGAACUAUCCCGCCACCCUACGCAAACUUCGACACAUCCUCCCAAGAAUGAGACCGAUCUUGAGCUGGCCCGAACAAAGUCCAUCGCGCAGGCCAUGUCGCCAGUGCGCGAGUUCCUGUUCGUUGGUUUGCUCUGUUCUGCACAAUUCGUCACGCAAGCUGGACUGGUCAACACGCUGAACAUUCUGCACAUCAUCGGCUCGGAUCUCGGUAUUACCGACCCUGGCGUUCUGUCAUGGCUCAUCGCAGGCUACUCGCUGACAGUUGGCACCUUCAUCCUCUUGUCAGGCCGCUGCGGUGAUCUGUUUGGUUACAAGACCAUGGUUAUCGUUGGUUUCACCUGGUUUGCCGUCUGGAACGUGGUGGCUGGAUGCAGUGUGUACGCGCCUGGAAAUGGCGGCCAAGUACUGUUCAUCUUCGCGCGCGUCUUGAGCGGUAUUGGGCCUGCUAUCCUGCUACCAAAUGCUUUGGGUUUGCUGGGCGCAACCUACGACGAGGGCAGGAGGAAAGACAUGGUGUUCUCGCUGUUUGGCGCCUGUGCACCAAGUGGCGCCGUUGUGGGCGGAACUUUUGCCGGUCUUUGGUCGCUCUUGUGGUGGCCGUGGACAUUCUGGACAUUCGGCGUCGCUCUAGCUUGUCUCGCAGGCCUGUCCUACAUCAUCCUACCUGCUGUUCCGCUUAAGGAAGAAGAUCAGAAUCUCAGUGUCAAAGAACGAAUAGCCGAACUGGAUUUGCUCGGUGCGACUGUAGGGAUCACUGCUAUGAUUCUGUUCAACUUUGCAUGGAACCAGGCACCCGGCUUUGGGUGGGAACGGCCGUACAUCUACGUUCUACUAAUUGUAGGGGUCCUGCUCUUCCCUGUGUUUUUCUGGAUCGAACUUAAAGUAUCGAAACACCCACUCAUUCCAUUCGAUGCUCUAAGCACUGACGUCAUCUUUGUGAUGAUCUGCGAAGCCUGCGGUUGGGCAGCUUUCGGUAUGUAUCUAUGUCGUCGUCCCGAAAUCCCGCUAAUGUCAGUAUGUCAGGCAUUUUUAUCUACUACUUUAUCCAGAUACUCCAACAGCUGCGCGGGACAUCACCACUGAUGACGAUGGCUCAGAUUUGUCCCGUCACCAUUUCUGGUUUCAUUGCUGCCAUCACAACUGGUCACGUCAUCUCACGCAUCGGUCCUGGCUGGGUUAUGUUUAUAUCUAUGUGCGCAUUCACGAUCGGUAGCAUUUUUGUCGCAACAAUGCCUCCACAUCAGAUUUACUGGGCCCAGUCUUUUAUUGUCACACUCAUCAUCCCAUGGGGCAUGGACAUGAGCUUCCCAGCCGGCACCCUGAUCAUGAGCAACGCUGUCGAGAAGCGGCAUCAAGGCAUGGCGGCGAGUCUGGUCAACACCAUCGUCAACUACAGUAUCAGCAUCGGUGUCGGCAUCGCAGGCACCGUUGAAACCCAUAUCAACCAUGGUGCACUCACGGAAGAAGACGAGUUAAGAGGGUACCGAGGAGCGAUGUAUCUGGGCAUUGGUCUGGGUGCGAUGGGAGUCCUCACAAGUGUACUGUUUUUGCUGAAGCUGCGUAUGCAUGAGAAGCGGAUGAUUAGCACAUCCUGA